AAAACAAAAUUAAAAAUUUAGAAUUUAAAAAGAUUGUAAAAAAUAAAAAAUAAAAAAUAAAUAAAUUAAAAGCUUAGAAACUAUUACAGCAGUCACCACAGCCGACAACUCACAGCGGUCCAGUUAACCGCUCAGACACAUGAAACAUAAGAGGGAACAUUGUCUUAGAGGCAGAAAAGACAGCAUUGCUACAUUUGGGUUGCACCUGAGAGAGCACAGCUACUUCAAGGAAAACUGUCGAAGACGCCAAGGGAUCUGGUGAAAAUACCUCCUGAAGUGUAUUCAAUGUCAGAAAGAGACGAAAUAAUCAUAAAAAUAAAUUGAUUCAUAGAGUCUUUGUGUGGCUACAGGACAUACCUGGAACUAGUUUACACAUGAUCCAACCCGGUUCCAUUUAAUUGCUAACUUACAUGAUGAGAAUAUUCAACGACUAAACGUUUGUAGACGACAAAAGGCCGCUGUACAUUCUGAAUUUUAUGAGGCAAAUAAUCAAUAUGAAGUUGUAGAAGAGGCAGCAGGUGGGCAUCUCUGUAGCCAGUCAGGUCACCAGAGGUCAGAGAAGCUAAAGAAACAAGAGUCUGAGAGUGUAGCACAAGGGGCGCCACAAGGAUUUGAAUAUUCUGAUUUAACACUGCAUAUACACUGGCGCGUUUAAAGGAACCUUCUGCUGACAUUGUGUUUCAAGAUGACCCCCGAAAAAGGCGAUAUUUGCAGUAAAACAUAAAAUAAAUGUAUGAUCCUAACAUAGACAUAUUAAAAAAAGAUUUUUUAAUGGAGUGUCACAAAAUGAAAUAUAAACUGAUUUUUUAUAGGGAACUUGAAAACAUUUCUGCAUCUUAUGAGGUAGGUGACCGAAGUAGUGACGCAAACGCGCAGCGGAUGUGUGGAGAUGGAAGUCGCACUGCACUCCAGCAAAAGAAGAAGCAAGUGUGAUCGUCUAUUUCCUGCUUGUGAAGAGUGCAGUUCACAGAGGAGUAACUUCCUUGAUCACUGCCAAUGCUCCGCGGACCUUCUCCGCUCAUGCUGCACCUGAUUUAGAGGAGGCUCAAGAGGACCCCGACGACAAUGAGCCGAGGAUCUAAAACUAAAACGGAGAGCGUGAGGAGCUCCUUGCUGAGCGCUCAGGAGAAUGACAAGCUGGUGGAGCUGCUGGGCAGAAGGUGUGCUUCCAUGGCCACGACAGUCGCACAGCUGUUCAUGGCUCUGCCUCACAGUCCCUCGGUCUGGAGCCUGCAGCAGACCGGGGUCGUCUGUUUCGUCAAAGACAACCCGCAGCGCUCCUACUUCAUUCGCAUGUUCGAUCUGAAGGCUGGGAAGCAGGUUUGGGAGCAGGAGCUCUACGACCAGAUAGUCUACUCCGCCCCGCUGGACUACUUCCACACCUUUGCUGCAGAUGACUGUCAAGUUGCUCUGAACUUUGCCGAACCACGGGAGGCGCAGGGGUUCCGGGUGGCUGUUGAGGAGAAAAUUGACCAGAGAAUUAACCGUCAAGAGAAGAAACAGCGCCCCCUGCCGAAUCACGACCGAGGCUCCUUACCUCCACUUCCACUAGAGAAACCAUCCAGCGGCCCCGGUUCAUUUCACAUGGCCACUGUGGAAAUCCAGAGUCCAGAGGCCUCCCGCCUCCACUCCAUGCCCUCGCCUUCCGCUUUCAAAGCGAAGACGGACAAGAAAAGCAAGAAGAAGGGGGCCAAACUUUCCAAGGCAGACAUCGGCGCCCCCAGUGGCUUUAAGCAUGUUAGCCACGUUGGCUGGGAUCCCAACAACCUGGACCCUGACCUGUGGAAGCUGCUCUCCAAAGCUGGGAUCAGUGAAGACCAGAUGAAGGAUAAGAAGACCUCCCAGCUCAUCUACAAUGUCAUCGAGCAGUCUGGAGGCAUGGAGGCGGUCAAGAGGGAAGCCAACCAAGCCGGGGGACCUCCGCCCCCUCCGCCUGGCAGACAUGGGCCGCUUCCUCCUGUGCCAGGUUCUGCACCAGCUCCUCCUCCACCUCGAGGUCGCUUGGGCCCCCUGCCUCCGAUUCCAGGCCCCACGCGGAGAGCGAGCCCGCCUUCUCACCCGCCUCCGGCCAGAGGGAUGGUGCCGCCGCCUCCUCUGUCCAGCCGAGGCGGCCCACCACCUCCUCCACCACCGCAAGUCACGUCUCCCCCUUCCUCCAAGUGCCCGCCGCCUCCCCCGCCGCCGUCCAACAGCGUCCCGCCGCCGCCUGUGCCACUUUUGCGGAGUAGUGGAGGAGGCCCGCCAGCGCCGCCGCCACCCCCCAUUGCAGACUUCCCGCCCCCACCUCCUCCAUGUGGGGCUCCACCACCACCUGUUCCUGCAGCAUCCAAAGGGGGAGACAGCAGAGGGGCUCUGCUGGAUCAGAUCAGACUUGGAAAGAAGCUCCGCAACGUGACCGACAGCCCGGAUCCCGCUCCACCCAUCACACCAGAUGCAGGUGAAGGCAUCGUGGGGGCUCUCAUGAUGGUCAUGCAGAAGAGGAGCAAAGUCAUCCAUUCAUCUGGUGAGAGUGAAGACGAGGGCGGAGAUGAUGAUGACGAAGAUGAUGAGUGGGAUGACUGAGGUGUUUGGCAACCUUUUCCAGAUCUUAACUGUAGCAAACUGUUAUUAAAUAUUUGUUCACAUUU